AUAUUUUGUACACUACAAAAAAAGUCCACAUUCAUAGCACAAUACUAUAGCUCGUUUUACUGAACUGUUAUCGUAGAUGAGUUAAAAAAUUUAUAACUCUAUAAUAGCAUUACAUAAACGUUAUGAAAUUUUUUCGGUAAGCGGGAGCCUAGAAUCGAGUUUUCCGCCACACACUUAGUGAAAAUAACAAAUAUUCCCUCUCAUCUCUCUUAUCUCUUUCGUUUUCCCUCUCUCUUUAUCUCAUUUUUCCCCUUUCUUUCAAAACCCUAAGAAAAAGAAUCAGUUUGAUUCUACAUCUCGAGACCCUAUCUUUGUCAUUCCCUUUCUUUACCUAGGGUUUGAGACACGAGAGAUAGAAGAGAAGAGAGACGAGACGAAACGGAGACAAAGCUCGGGUGUGUCUUGCUUCAUCUCUGAUACUCUUAUCUCUUUCCCUUCUUCUCCUCGGCCACAGAACAGCGAGAUUGACAAGAGGAGGAUAACCGGAAGCUGUGAACGGAUCCAAGCUCAGUUGGGUCGAAUCGAGGAAGAAGCCGACGACUAGAUCUGGGUUGGGGCUCGAAAGCGCUAGUGGCUGGAGUGAGGGUUUGUUAUGGAGUUGAUUUCGGCACCAGAUCUACAGGUAUUCACCUUUGUCGGUCUUAGUUUUGAAAUCAAGGUUUUAGUUUGUAGAAGUUAUGUCACUUUGAUUACUUUGCAGCAGGAGUCUCGGGAGUGAGGAGAGUGGUGAGGCGGAGAUGAGUAGCGGUGGUGAGGAGACAGAGCUUAACUUCGACUUCCAUGAAGAAGAAGAGAAUUUACGACAGUGACAUUGGAGGACUGGAGAAGGAGGUUACUUCAUCCUAUUGUGCUUGUGUGUGUGUUGCUGUUUUUGACAGCUCUAGAUGAAGAUGCUCCUGGUCUUUUGCAGGUACUGAUUAAACAAGGGGUAACAGUAGACGAACUCAGGUUUAUGGUGAGAAUGAUUAUUCAGAUGAUUCACUUCUUGUAGAGACCUUCUCAGAGCAGGAAUCACAUGUAUAAGGAUCCUUCAUUUAUUUACAUGUAGUUUUAUUUGUCUGAAGGUUUCACAGAAUGACUUUAUCAAAGAUUAUUAUUUGUCUUUAGUAUGUGAGAUCAGUUACUUGUUAUAGUCUUUGUGUUGAUCCAUGUUAAAGUCGUGGGCUUUGUUGUUUUUUGCAGGCCAGGCGAGGAAGAAGUAAUGACUUGUUUUGAAGUUCUGUUUGUUUUUGAGUUAUGAUGACGUUGUUUUUUUUCUUUAUUGAAGUUUAGUUUUGUUUGAAGAUUUUGUGGCGUAAAAUCUAUGUUUUAAGUUUAGUUUAUGAAGAUUUGAUUAUUUUUAAUUUUAAUGGUUUAGGAUAAACAUGAAUGUAUAAACUUGAAUGGAUAACUACUAACCUCACUUGUAUUUUAUCAGGUGGCGCCUCAGGUCCUUAAAGUUAGCUUAGGCGAUCACUAAAGCUAGAGGCGAGAUUGACCUUCAUCCUAGCCUUAGAGCAUGAGGCGCGAGUUCAACCACAUGACUGGAAUUGAAGCAAAUAUGCAAACUGCUAAGAUCAACCAGGGAAAUAUUGCACUAAAGCGAGUUGUGGAAUCUAUAGCAAAUGGAGACUCUCACGUACCCUUUAGAGACAGCAAGUUGACUAUGCUGCUUCAGGACUCUUUUGCAGAUGACAAAUCAUAUAUUCUAAUGAUUCUAUGUGCGAGCUCGGAUCCAAAGGAAAUGUACAAGACUCUUUGCACUCUGGAGUAUGGGGCAAAAGCAAAAUGCAUAGUUCGUGGGUCACAUAUUCCGAACAAGGAUAAGAAUGGGGGUGAUGAGUCUUCUGCUGUGAUUUUGGGAACAAGAAUAUAGCAGCAAUGGAUAAGGAGGAAGAAGAGUCGGUGAUAUCUGAACUUAUAAUUAGCUUGUUUCUUAAGACUUUGCUUUCUG